UUGUAUUGCCUGUGGCAGACUCCGACUUCGUUCCUUUUCGGAAAAAAAAAGCUUCUCUUGUCUCGCGCAACCUCGCUCUUCUUUGCUCUUACAAAGAAGCCUUUUCUGCUCUCAGCUCUUCAACGUCCCGUCUCUUAGACUUUUUUCUGAUUCGUCUGGCACGAUCAGAAUAUCCCAUCCUUAACUGUCGAUCAGUUUUUUUGUUACAAACACAUCUCUCGAUACACAAUGUUGUUCUCCAAGUCUGGUUUCUUGGCUGCCGCCCUCCUCGGUGCCUCCACCGUCAACGCUCACCUUUAUAUGAAGAACCCUCACCCUUACGGCCAGAGCACCCUCAACAACUCUCCCCUUGAGGCCGAUGGCAGUGACUUCCCUUGCAAGCAGCGCAACGGUGUCUACGCCGCUGCCAACGGCGAGAACAACUUCAAGGUCGGUGAGGAACAGUCUUUGACCUUGGUCGGUAGCGCCACUCACGGCGGUGGCUCUUGUCAAAUCAGUUUGUCUAAGGACUUGAAGCCUACCAAGGACUCCGAGUGGAUGGUUAUCAAGUCCUGGGAAGGUGGCUGCCCCAUCAAGACCUCUGGCAACAUCGGCAACUCCCCCAGCUCCGUUGUCCCCGGCGACUUGAAGUUCAAGAUCCCUGAGGGCAUCGACAAUGGCAAGUACACCUUGGCCUGGACCUGGUUCAACCGUAUCGGAAACCGUGAGAUGUACAUGAACUGUGCUCCCAUCACCGUCACCGGUGGAUCAUCGAAGCGUUCCGACGAUGAGGCUUCUGUCGAGAAGCGCUCUUCAAGCUUCCCUCCCAUGUUUGUAGCCAACGUCAACGGCUGCACUACCAAGGAAGAGUAUGACGUCCGAUUCCCCAACCCUGGCAAGUACGUGGAGAAGCUAGGUGACGCUAAGAGCCUUCUUCCUGAAGGCCAGUCGGCUUGCACUGGUACCCCUAAGUUCGGUGCCGCCGGUAACAAGAAGGGCGCUACUACCAGCGGAGGCAGCUCCGGCAGCUCCGGCAGCAGCUCUGGCUCAUCCACCACAAAGGCUGCCUCUCAGGCUACUGGCAACGCUGGUACCUUCGCUGAAGGUGCCGCUUCCUCUUCCGCUCCCGCCGCUUCCUCCGCCCCCGCCUCGUCUGGCUCUGAGUCCUCUGGCUCCGAAUCUUCUGGUUCCGAAUCUUCUGGCUCUGAAUCCUCCGGCUCCUCCAGCUCCUCCGGCUCCUCCAGCUCUUCCAGCUCUUCCAGCUCUUCCAGCUCUUCCGGCUCCUCCAGCUCCGGUGCUCAGUCCGGCUCUUGCAGCACUGAGGGCACCUGGAACUGCAUUGGAGGCACCUCUUUCCAGCGCUGCGCCAGCGGUCAGUGGACCACUGCCCAGCAGAUGGCCGCUGGCACCAAGUGCACCCCCGGCCAGAGCUCCCAACUCUCCACCAGCGCUUCCGCCCUCAAGCCCCGCAUGAUCAACGAGAUGCGCGCCCGCCGCCGCCACGCUGUUCACCACUUCCGCGCAUAAAUGAACACUUGUCUUCCGCUGGCUCGGAUGUUGCAAGUCUUCAUUUCCUUUUUACCUUUCGUUUCCCUUCUAAGGUAACCUCAAUCGCCUGGUGAAGGACCUUGUUUUGGCUCGGCUUUAUGUUUUCUCUGCGCUUUUUCCCUUUCUGUCUCUCUUCGAUCAUGUACAUUUUUAAGGAAUCACGAAAAAUGGGUAGCGUGGGGUUUGGAUUAUACAGUGGUUUUUUUUUGUGAUUACAGACUUU